CAGUUUCACUAUAAAGCAACUCUGCCAAAUGCUUCUUCAAGUACAACUAAAACAGAUACUUUAAAGAAAACAUAAAAAUUUAGAGUCGAGUCAUCAUGGCUAAGAAUCAGCAGAUUGCAGCGAUUCGGUUUCUAUUUCCUCUUGUUUUGUUUUUGGCUGUCUUACUUUGUGUUGUUGAUGGUAAGAGAUUUAGUCAUACUCAUGACCAUAAGAUCAGAAGAGGAAAAUGGGAGGGUAAGCUGAAGAUGAAAUUCUAUCACAAAACCUGCCCUCAAGCCGAGGAUAUCGUGAGAGAGAUUGUCUCUAAGAAAGUCGAAGCAAACCCUAGCUUGGCUCCCAAGUUACUGAGAGUUCAUUACCAUGAUUGCUUUGUCAGGGGGUGCGACGCAUCACUGCUUUUAGAUCCGGUUGCUGGAAAAGCCGCGUCAGAGAAGGAAGCGAGACCUAAUCUCUCGCUUUCAGGGUUUGAAGUCAUCGAUGAGAUCAAGUCCCUUCUCGAAAAGAAAUGCCCCAAAACCGUCUCUUGCGCUGACAUUCUCACCCUAGCCUCCCGUGAUGCCGUCUCGUACCUAUAUGGACGGCAGCUAUGGAAUGUCUUCACCGGACGUGUUGACGGAAGAGUUUCGUUGGCGACGGAGGCCGCCAGAGACUUACCUUCUGCUGGUGCAAACUUCACCUCUCUGCAGAAACUCUUUGCCGAGAGCGAUUUGGACGUCGUUGACCUCGUGGCUUUAUCAGGAGCACACACAAUAGGAACAGCACGUUGCGGUGUGUUUGGUCGGAGGCUCUUGAACUUCACCGGGAAAGGAGACACAGAUCCUUCCCUCAACUCUACCUACGCCACUUUACUCAAAUCCAAAUGCUCCGACAAAUCUCUAAGACUAAACUCUUCCGCAGUGGUCGGAAUGGACCCCACCGGACCUCUCUCCUUUGACAGUGGCUACUUCAUCUCUCUCCUCCAACACAAAGGACUCUUCACCUCCGACGCCGCCUUGUUGACUGAUCCCUCCGCCGCUAACAUUGCUAGUCUUUUCCAAAACUCGGGAAGUUUUCUUGCUCAGUUUGGUCGGUCUAUGAACAAGAUGAGUUCCAUCAAAGUCCUUACACUUGGAGAUAAAGGUGGUGAGAUUCGCAGAAAUUGUCGCUUCGUCAACUAAUUAUAUCACUUUCCAUCCAAUAUUCGUUACCGUAAUUUUAAUUUUCAUGUAAUCAUCUUUUGAUAUUAAUUUGUUUUGCUAAACGAUCGUGUAUAAGUCCAUAUCCAAGGUUAUAUACGGUACAUGUUCUAUUUUUUCAUAUUUAAUCAGUACAAUAAAAUUCUUCAUAAUAAAUUUUCUCGAACUCGAUUGUAAAAUCGAACCCCUUUGUCUUCAAAC